CAAUACAUAAUGGACGGUUCAAAUCUCACUUCAGAUGGACAAAAGGAACUUUAGACCUUCCUGAAUUUCUUCAAUCUCAAAAAAUAGGAAGCCAUGAGAGAAAUAGAAUUAGAAUUCAAGGAUUUCUCAAAAUUCUAAGUGCAAGACACCUUAUACAAUAAGGAUGAUGUCUAAGAACUCCUUAAGAAAUUGGAGGCCAGUUUGGAAGUGCUAAUGAAUAAAGAAGUGUCUAAAAUAAUUUAUAUGAGCGGUGUCUAUGUCAAAAUAUUUUUAUCUGUGUGUUCUGAUCAAGAUUUUCAUGCAGAUUUCAAUUUCAUAGAAAAUGUGUAAUUAGCAUUUUAAUCAUAGUAAAAUUAUAGAAUAGAUGAAAAUACUUGAAAAAGGUGGUACCAUUGUUGAGGAUAAGCCACUUUAGUAGAAAGUUAGAUAUUCAAGAUUGCCAACAAUCGAUACUGCACUCUAAAGUAAGAUGAUCAUCCUAUUUGAUAAGAAUAGAUGGAGGAAAUGGCUAAAGAGAAUGAUUUCUUAAAAUAGUACAUUCAGAAACUAUAGAAUGAAUUGGUCGUGCUAAAAAAGGAGUAGGUUUAAGAUGCAGAUCAAGUAGGUUCAUUUCAAGAUUAGAUUAAUUCAUUAAAAUAAGAGAAUUAGUAAUUGAAAUAAGAGCUGGACAAGAAAUUAAAUGACUGUGUACAAUUCAAAACUCUGAAAUAGAUGAUCUAAGAGAAGAAUCAACAAAUUAAAGAAUUACAAAUGAAAUUAUAAUGAUAAUCAUUCAAUUCUGUUAAGAUUUAAG